AGGGCAGGACUCGAGUGCGCCUGUAACUAAUCCAGUUCAUUCCUCCGGAUCAGUUCACCUGAACUCCUGUCGAAUGUUCAUGCGCGCCCAGUGAUCUGGGUGGCACGAAACAAUCUGAAAAGCAAAUCAUGGCAACGGGAGGAUUUAAAUCUAACAGCGCAACGGACUUUCUGGAGGAAUGGAAAGCAAAGCGUGAGAAGAUGAGAGCAAAGAUGCUUGGAGAUAUCGCCGCUGCCACGGGGAGAACAACUGAGUUAAACAACAACGGCAGCUCGGUUAACUGCGUCUCCGCUUCGUCCUCUUAUCCGGUGGCCCGGUCUUCCUCUUCGACCGCUUUGAAGGAUGAACCGAAGAAACCCGAGCCGCCCGGGGAAAACUUGAAGAAGACGCCGGAGAAAGUGAGUGGAGUCCCGCAGGGGGAGAGCUCGAGUCCCGCUGGUGUGGAUGACAGUGAUAAGGAGAGUCCCACACCCAGCAAGAGCAAAGAGAAGAAGAGCUCAGGACCCAGCGCCAGAAAGGGCAAAGGACAGAUAGAGAAAAGGAAGUUAAGAGAGAAGAGGAGGUCAACAGGUGUUGUCAGCAUACCGUCCAAUGAGAGCUUGGAUGAGCUUGAUGACGAUGAUGGAGAAGAGAAGGAGAGGAAGAUGGAAGAAAGUGUUACGCAGCAAAACACGGUUCAGAACGAGGCGAUGACCUCUGACCCUGGAGCGGCCUACUUGAUACAGGACACUCCGAGAUCCAGAAGUCAUAAGAGCGACGAAGACGGAAACAGACAUCGCCAUCGACACGGAAGGGAAGGCAGCGGCGCCGCACCCACCGCCCUGGAGAGAAGGAUAGAGGAGCUAGAAAGGGAGCUGGCCGCAGAGAGACAGGAGAACAAUCGCCUGUUGAAAGCCCACCAGGACAAGGACGAGCUGAUCAACAAGCUGAAGGAGGAGAUCGACCUGCUAAACCGGGAUCUGGAUGAUAUCGAGGACGAGAACGAGCAGCUCAAACAGGAAAACAAGACCUUGCUCAAAGUGGUCGGACAGCUCACCAGGUAGAACCCCGCGCCCCGAGGACGGCCGAAACGGAGUCUGCGUCUCGCCGCGGCGGCCGGAGGGAUUUGCUAAACGACGCGGCCGCCUCUCGUCUCUGUCCUUUACGUGUCUAUCCGUCUUGUCGUCGCUCUCUGGAAGAGGAUGCGCGCGCGCCUCGGGCAGGCUUCGAGAACCCGGACGUCUGGAUGUCCGACCGAGCCGCCCGACGCUGUGUUGCUCGAGGCCUUCCGCUUUUACGAAGGCUGACGAAUGGAACUCUCUUUCUAUUUAAUGUAAAUGUGUGUGUGUACAUAGGCUGCGCUCGACUGUCUUUUAAGGCUUAAGCGGGACAACGAAAACAGGAAAUGCCUUUGAAUGUACGUGGUGCCGCUCCAAAUUUCUUUGCUUUCCGCUCUUCUGGCUCGCGGGCAUUUUUACGCGCAAAUCGUUUUUGCUAUAAUGGGACGAUACGCGCCUUCUUUUGCUCCGCCUUUACCGUAUUUCGGCUUCGAGGGCUCGUCCGUCGGUUCAGAAAGUGGCCACGGAUGCCUUUACGUUUCAACUCGGUCCUUUUAACGCACUAUGCUACUAUUACGCUUCGGUUCAAAAAGUGCCUAUUGUACACGGGAGCCCGCGUCUAAAUGGAGUAACCCAUCCUCUCUGGCUUGGAGCUUGCAAAUGCUGGAAUUAAUAUUACCUUAUUGUCUGAUUUUUGCUUUUUACACGCUCUUCAAAUGUUUACAACUUGUUUAAACUCUCGGUAUCAAUAGAUGUAGCUAUUCGUCGUGUACGGUUAGCGCCACGUAUAGCUUAGGCCGCUGCUGUGCCUUAUAACCAAAUAGAUCGGACGCGUUAUUAAGCGGGUUCGACUGUUAUCUGGUGGCCGAUAAAGACGGCGAGGCGGCGUUAAUUCUUUUACGUUCAAUUCAUACUGCAAGGUCACUACUUUGGGUUCGUAUCUACAUCGAUGCUAAUCGACAGUGCUAAUGGAUUCUGUAAACUUAUUUGAGGGGGGAUUUUUUGUUGUUGUGCUUUGCUUUUUUUUGGUCUGUAUUGGGGUGGGAGAUAUCUGUAUCCCACUGCUUUACAAAAUGCAUGUACAGAAGAUGAAAUAAAACUUAAUAAAAAUCUUUCAUGACA